CUCCCUCCCUCCCUCGCUCUUCCCCUGCCUCGUCUUCCUCCUCUCCCUCCUCUGCAACUCUCUCUCUCUCUCUCUCUCUCUCUGUCUGCCCACGUGUAAAACCCUCUUCUAGGGUUUUCCAGUGGUGCCCGGCUCGUCCCUCUUCCGCUCCCCCGGCUAGCGGGUUUUCUUGUUCUUGAUUCUCGGCGAAUCUUGGCGUUCGCCCUCUUUCUGUGAUUCCGGCCACCUGCCCAUUUCUUCUCCCGUGCCGGGGUCUCGCCAAUCCUCCUCGACUCUCCGGUUGGGCAUUGGCGGGUCGGUUCCCGGGAGUUGCCCCGGUUCUUGAUUCGGCGGUGCGUCGCUCCUCCAAUUGAGGCCUCUUAACGUUCGGAAGACCGAAUCUUGAUCGGUUCCGCGACGCGGGUGUUUCGUUGCUUCGGAUGGCUGGGUUUUUGGUUUGAUGCUAAGUUUCGAAUUCGGGAGCUAUGAGCUGGUUUUCGGUGGAUGAACGUCGUUGUUAGGGUUUUUGUAUAAGUCUGAAUUCUUGUGCGGGCGUCUUCAGUUCUGAUGAAUAGCGUAUUCAGCGAGCAGAUACUUGCGGACAAACUCUCCAAGCUCAACAGCACACAGCAGUGCAUUGAGACGCUGUCACAUUGGUGUAUAUUUCAUCGAAGUAAGGCAGAGCUGGUUGUUGCAACAUGGGAUAAGCAAUUUCACAACUCGGAAAUGGCUCAGAAGGUUCCUCUAUUAUAUCUUGCAAAUGACAUACUGCAAAACAGCAAGCGCAAGGGAAAUGAAUUUGUGAAUGAAUUCUGGAAGGUUCUUCCAGCAGCACUCAAAGAUGUUGUUGAGAAAGGGGAUGAUCAUGGGAAGAAUGUAGUUUCAAGAUUGGUUGGCAUCUGGGAAGAAAGAAGAGUAUUUGGAUCCCGUGCACAGAGCCUCAGAGAUUUAAUGCUCGGAGAAGAAGUUCUUCCACCCUUGGAAUUAAACAGAAAGCGUUCACGUUCUGUCAGGAUUGUUAAAAGGGAUUCGCGCUCAAUUAGAACGAAAUUGUCAAUUGGAUCAACAGCUGAAAAAAUUGUUUCGGCAAUUCACCUGGUUCUAAGUGAACAUCCUAAUGAGGAUGUGGAGAUGAGUAACUGCAAGUCUGCUGUCCAUUGUGUGAGGAAGAUGGAGAAAGAUGUUGAUUUAGCCUGUAUGACUGCUAAGGAUCCAAAGAGGAGAACAUUGGCUAAAGAGCUUGAGAAUGAAGAGAACACCUUAAAGCAGUGCAUUGAGAAACUCAAAUCAGUUGAAGGAAGUAGAGUAUCACUUGUAUCUCAUUUAAAAGAAGCGCUGCAUGACCAGGAAUCUCAGCUUGAGAAUGUUCGAACUCAAAUGCAGGUGGCACAAGCACAAGCGGAAGAAGCUGAAAGUAUGAGAAAACGGCUACUGGACGAAGAUUAUGUAUUCAAAUCACCAAGCUCCGCUACUCAAGGCCUUGAUAUAAAUGCAAAAGGGGGACAAACGCCCAAGAGGACAGCUGCAGCCAUUGCAGCUGAGGUUGCAGACAAGCUCACAGCUUCUAGCUCCUCACAACUGAUUAUGAGUUCAGUUUUGUCAACGUUUGCUGCUGAAGAGGCAAAGAGUGCCGGGCAUACAAAGAGCACCAAUAAAUCAGAGAAAACAACACCUGUAUCAGAUGCUAAUGCUGUUAUGCCAUCUCAGCCACAUAGUGCUCCUUUGAAGCACUUAUACCAAUCAGCUGUCAUUGUUAACCAGCAAACCAUUCAGCAGAAUCAAGGCUCGGUGUCUGUAAGUUCAUAUUUACUUCCAAACCAGUCUCCUCAGCAGUAUUUGCAGCAGCCUUCUGGAGCAAUGAUGUCCUCCUAUGGUUAUGUUAACUUCCCAACCAUGUCGGCUGGACCGCCCCCACCGCCACAUGCGUUGAAUGCGAUGGUGCCUUUGAGUCAGCUGUCGUUACCCAUGGCACAGAAACAAUCAAUGGCUUUGCCUCAGCAGUCGGUUCCUUCAACUCCACAACAACCCAUGCCCUUGAGUCAACAACCGCCCAUACCUCCUAGUUUUCGGCCACUUCAGCCACCGGGCAUGGUGUAUUAUAGUCAUCAGCACCAUUCCCAGUAAAAUGGGCAAUAAUGAGGAUGCAUAUUCUGUGGCAGCUUUGUUGGGACAAAUUUGAGUAAUUUUGUGGAGAGUUUGGUUUCCAGUUAACAGGUUCCGUUCAAUAUAAACCACCGGUCUGGCCUUUAGUACUCCCAGUAAAGCAGGUAAAAACUAUUGGGUGCUCUCGACCUGAUACAUCUACUCUCUACGAGCCACUGGUCCAGACAUGGUGAGCAUGUCGAUCAUUGUGCAGUAGCAGGCGGUAUGUGCAUGUGAGCUGAUUUUGUGCUGAUAGGUUUCAGCAUUGAUAACUCAGCUAAUUGCUAGGUUAGUUUAGGACUAAACCAGAGGUUGUAAGUCAAUUACUUGAGAAUGGGGAGAAAGUUAUCUGG